UCCAUUAUUUCUUCAUUUCUCUGAAUUUUUAUCUUUCUCUUUACUCUAUUUACUUCGGUCCGAACCGCUUCUUUAUUUUUUAAUCAUUGCUAUUUUUUUAUUUGAUCAAAUGGCGGGAAUGUGCUGUGGAAUUAACGUUGGCGAGAAUGAACCGACGAGUCCGGUCGAACCGGCUACUCGAACUGCUCGUCGCCGGAGAAUGGAACUCCGACAAAUCAAGUUCAUCGCCGAGAUCGCGGAAACUACUACACGGCUCAAGCGCCGGAAAGUUGAAGAUCUGGAGGCGAUAAAUAAUUCUCCGAUGUGCUUACAGGCAGCGCGUGAGUGUGAGAGCUUUAUUACCUUGAAUAUUCCCGCCGGUAAAAUUAAGGAAUCUCCGCCGACCGUGACGGCGUUGACAACUUCUGAAGACUUACCUACGUUUGGAUACACUUCUGUUUGUGGCCGAAGGAGGGAUAUGGAAGAUUCGGUUACUAUUCGACCUUCGUUCUACAAAAAGGACAAUACCAAAAGUCACGGCGGAUUUCAUUUUUACGGAGUCUAUGACGGCCAUGGCUGCUCUCAUGUUGCGAAAAGGUGUAAAAAGCGGAUGCAUGAGAUAAUCAAAGAAGAGAUCGAGAAGAAAGAAGACGAAAUCGAGUGGACUGAGACGAUGUCUGAGAGCUUUAAGUUGAUGGACAGCGAGGUAGGAGAGAGAUCGAAGAACAACGCCGGCCCAACGACGUCAACGAGCUGUCGUUGUGAGUUGCAAACACCUCAGUGCGACGCCGUGGGAUCCACCGCCGUUGUCUCUGUUGUAACCCCCGAGAAAAUCGUCGUAUCUAAUUGCGGCGAUUCACGCGCUGUCCUAUGCCGUAAAGGCGUCGCUAUUCCUCUAUCUUCCGAUCAUAAGCCGGACAGACCGGAUGAGUUGAACCGGAUUGAAGAAGCCGGCGGUCGAGUGAUAUAUUGGGAUGGUCCAAGAGUGCUUGGAAUGUUAGCAAUGUCAAGAGCCAUAGGAGAUAAUUAUCUCAAACCUUACGUUAUACCCGAUCCGGAAGUAACCAUUACGGAUCGGACUUCCGAAGACGAAUGCUUGAUUUUAGCUAGUGACGGUUUAUGGGACGUCGUUUCAAACGAAACGGCUGUAACCGUGGCUAGGAUGUGUUUGCUUAACGCCGAAAAAUCCGCCUCGCCUUCUCGUUCCCCGGGGAACGAAGCGGCGGAGGCUGCUAGGAAGGAGAGUUCCGAUAAGGCGUGUUCGGAUGCCUCGGUUUUGCUGACGAAGUUGGCUUUGGCGAGGCAAAGUGCUGAUAAUGUUAGCGUUGUUGUAGUUGAUCUUAGGAAAGGAAAAUUAUGAUUUUUAUAAUUUUUGAGGAAUUUUUAGUUGGUUGUUUUGCUCGUAGGAAGGGGGUUUUAGUUUUGUUUUAAUUUUUUUUAAACGUUUCUUCGUAGGAAGGCUUCCUCAUAUUGAAGGUAUUUUAGUUAAAGAAAUGGCCCAUGUAUGGAGGAAGGGUAAGUUGGGUAUAGGAGGAAUUAAUUUCCACGGUGAUGGUAGAAUCAAAUUGUAUAAAGAAACCGUGGUAGCUAAUUUGUUACGGAGUACCAAGAUCUAUUAAAAAUGAAUUGUAUCUAGUAGA